CUGCUUCCUUUUUGUUGCUGGUUAAACACGGUCGCAAAGGGAAAUGCCAGGAGUUUCCACAUUUCAGAAGUGUGAACAGAGAUUAUUUUGGUUUUAAUGAGGUGAAGUCGUGUUCAGAGGCUCCCUGAGCAGGAAGCCAGACAAAAAUGAACCUGCCGUCCAAACAAGAGUGCGAGGGCUGGGACCAGACUCAGAUGGCUCAUUUCAUGUUCAAGAAUAAAAUGCCAGAAUGUGCAGCCACCAUAAGCAGAUUUAACAUUACUGGAAGAAGAUUUCUGAAUCUGUCAGAGACCGACCUCAUCAAGUUUAGUCCCGUUUACCAACCGCAGCUUCAGAAGAUGGUCCAAGACAUUAGGAAAAACGAUGGCAGCCUGCUGGAUAAACUUAGAAGGCUGAAAAACAAGCCGCUCCCGAACCUGCCUGCAAAAGACUACAAAGAUGAGUUCAGGGAUGGCAAUCAAAUGCAUGAUCCAGACUAUGACAACGGCUCGUACGUGGAUCUACCUGAUGAUGAUAAUUAUGAACCUCCUCCAAGUCACAGAGCGUUAAUCCCACCUCCAGCUACCUUACCAAGGGGAGAAUAUAUCGACAACUUGCAAAACCCACCAAGCCGACCACCGAGGACCCCCAUCAGGCCAAGCAAGCUCUCCCAACAGUUGCCCCCUGAGCCCAUAAUUCACAGUGUUGAUGAAGAUACGUAUAUCGAUCCAGAUGCCAGUAAUGAAGAGGACAACUACGUCAAACCAGAGAGGAGCCAAACUUGUGACUUUUUUGAGCCUUUUGACAAACAGGAAAAGUCUUUCAGCCUUCCAACAAGCAGGCUGUGUCCACCUGUUCAGACCAAACUGUCUUUCAGUUUACCCCCCAAACCCAGCACCAGGUCAAACACCAAGAGAUUUUCCGCUGAUGACGAAAGGCCCACACAUGACUACGAGGAGGAAAAUUAUGAAGUCUGUGAUAUAAAUAAAGGUUUCAGAGAUCAACACGCAGGUGACCUUCCGCCUGCCCCACCCAAACCUCCACCCAAGGAGCUGUGUCCACCUGUUCAGACCAAACUGUCUUUCAGUUUACCCCCCAAACCCAGCACCAGGUCAAACACCAAGAGAUUUUCCGCUGAUGACGAAAGGCCCACACAUGACUACGAGGAGGAAAAUUAUGAAGUCUGUGAUAUAAAUAAAGGUUUCAGAGAUCAACAUGCAGGUGACAUUCCGCCUGCCCCACCCAAACCCCCACCCAAGGAAAGAGUACCACAAUCACCCUUACAGUCGAGACCAGAGUUCAAAUCGAGAGAAUUUGAAAGCAGCAAGCCCAGCAAGCCCGAGAAGCAGUUAUCUUCCCUGUCCUUCAAACGACCAAAGGCUCCUCUUCCACAGUUCAACUCUCUAAAGCCCCCUGAGAGAGGAAGCCCCCCAGUGGACAACGGCUCAGUGGAUCAAGACAAGACAUGUCAGGAUGCAGACGUCUGUAACAAAGCCUGGUACGCCUCUGCAUGCGACCGCAGGACUGCAGACGAGGCUCUGAUGCGCUUUAACAAAGACGGGGCCUUCAUGGUGAGAAAGAGCUCCGGCCACGAUGCUCAGCAACCGUACACCCUAGUGGUGUUCUACAAGGGCCGAGUGUACAACAUCCCCAUCCGCUUCAUGCCAAACACACAGCAGUUUGCUCUGGGGAGGGAGAAGAGAGGAGAGGAGUUCUUCAGCAGUGUGUCCAGCAUCAUCGAGAACCACCAGAAGAACCCUCUUGUGCUGAUCGACGCGCAGAGCAACUCCAAGGAUACCACCAAGCUCUGCUUCCCUGUGAAGCCAUGAAAGUCCUUUCUGACUGUCGUCAGGCAACAUCCAUGAGCUCCCGGCUGCAUCUGCCGGCUGCGCUGCCGUCUACGCUGCAGACGCUGGGCCCCUGCUGUCGGCUGCAGCUACAAUUGGCCCCCAACCGAACAGAGAAGGCCGCUUUGUGUCAAGCUUCCAUCCAUCGAGCCAAAGAGGAAAAAUCCUAAAUGUCAUGUGUUCAGCACAACCAACUAAAAUGAUGCACUGAAUACAAAACGAUGUGAUUGCAUAUUACAAAUAUGAAUGUUCAUGUUUCCCUUUAAUAAACAGCAGCAUGUGAGGUGUAUGAAUUUAAGAAUGAAAUAAAAACGUGUGUUCAGAGUUGAAACAA